CAUUGUGGCCUCAGUCCACGUGGGUACAGGAGAAAAGAUGGCGGCGGUUGGAGCGAGCAGUCCCGCGUCCCUGGAGUCUGCCCCGCGAAUAAUGCGCCUGGUGGCCCAGUGCAGCCGCUCCAGAGCCCGGGCGGGCGAGCUUCGGCUGCCUCACGGCCCGGUGGCUACCCCGGUGUUCAUGCCUGUGGGCACGCAGGCCACCAUGAAGGGUAUCACCACCGAGCAGCUGGAUGCCUUGGGCUGCCGCAUCUGCUUGGGCAACACCUACCAUCUGGGGCUGAGGCCGGGCCCUGAGCUAAUCCAGAAAGCCCAGGGUCUCCAUGGCUUCAUGAAUUGGCCCCACAAUCUUCUGACGGACAGCGGCGGCUUCCAGAUGGUGUCUCUGGUGUCCCUUUCGGAGGUGACGGAGGAGGGCGUCCGCUUCCGCUCGCCAUACGACGGGGAGGAGACGCUUUUGAGCCCAGAGAGAUCCGUAGAAAUCCAAAACGCACUAGGCUCUGAUAUCAUCAUGCAGUUGGACGAUGUGGUGAGCAGUACAGUAACAGGCCCACGUGUGGAGGAGGCCAUGCACAGGUCAGUUCGCUGGCUGGACCGGUGCAUUGCAGCCCAUCAGCGUCCAGACAAACAGAACCUCUUCGCCAUCAUCCAGGGCGGACUGGAUGAGAACUUACGGGCUGCAUGCCUGAAAGAGAUGAUCAAAAGGGACGUGCCUGGCUUCGCCAUUGGAGGUCUGAGCGGGGGAGAGAGCAAGGCCCAGUUCUGGAAGAUGGUGGCAUUGAGUACCUCCAUGCUGCCUAAGGACAAACCCCGAUACCUGAUGGGCGUUGGCUAUGCCACGGACCUGGUGGUCUGCGUAGCUCUUGGAUGCGACAUGUUCGACUGUGUGUACCCCACACGGACAGCGCGCUUUGGCUCUGCCCUGGUGCCCACUGGGAACCUGCAGUUGAAGAAGCAACAAUAUGCCAAAGACUUCAGUCCCAUAAACCCCGAGUGUUCCUGUCCUACCUGCCAGAAGCACAGUCGUGCCUUCCUGCACGCUCUCCUGCACAGCGACAACACAGCUGCACUCCACCACCUCACUGUGCAUAACAUAGCUUACCAGCUGCAGCUCCUGAGUGCUAUGCGCAGCAGCAUCUUGGAGCAGAGCUUCCCAGACUUCGUUCGGAACUUCAUGCUCACCAUGUAUGGGGACUACAGCCUUUGUCCACCCUGGGCCAUCGAAGCCCUGGCCUCAGUGGGGAUCACCCUGGGAUGACCUGGUUUUGGGGGAAGGAGAGGCUGGGGCUGGGAGGCUGGAAGAUACUGUUUUUUGUUUUUGUUUUUG